AUGGAGGAAGCACCGGAGAUCGCGGAGACCACUGCCGGAAGCCCGCAGGGAACCGAGCGGCGUGAAAAGAAGGCCUUGGACUUCUUUGAGGUCUUGGAUCAAAUGCAGGUCCUUCAGUACCGGCUCCGGGAAGCCUAUGAGGCCGAUGUGGCCAGGCCGAGGACAGGUGCCCACCUUCCGCGGCACAUCGCCUUUCAGACGCCGUUGCAUUCACCGGGGCCUUCUCCGGGGCUACAACUUCAACAUCUGCAACAGAUGAGCCAGCUGAGUCAGGUGCAUCCCUCAAGCCCAAAGGGCACCAUCGAGGACCUGAUCAUGCAGAGUCAAGUGAGUCCACAGGGCACGGCCGAAGAGGUUCAUGUCGUUUGCCCACCGCAUGCCCUGAGCUCUCCUGCGUUACUGGCCUUGCCUCCAUCCGGCAGCCCAGAGGAGGAGGGGGGCGUGUCCCAGCGCAUGUCCCACCACUCGAGUAUGGACUCCAAUGCCGCCACACCCCAUAGCACGAAGAUGUCCAACAAACUCAUGAAGAGAGCAAGAGAGGCCACGGAACACAUGGAGGAGGAGCUGGAAGCAGAUUCCUUGGAGUCAGCCCUUCAGCUUCGGGAGGAAUGGGAUCUUCCAGAAGAAAAGCUGAAGGGCCUGAAGCGGCUUCAACGGAGGAUGUCCGUCGGAAGCAUGCAAACGAUCAAGCCGCAGCACCAGAGGCAGUAUUUGCUGAAGACGGAGCAUCUCGAUGCGCCCUGUUGUGUCGCCCAUCCCAAUUCCUGGAUACGAAGUUUUUGGGAUGCCUUGACAAUCAUCGCCAUCCUCUUCGAGAUCAGUGUGGCACCAAUGCUCUUGUAUCGCUUGGAUGACUCCGCUCGCCGUGUGGCAGAUUUGCUACAAUGGAUCACCACCAUCUUUUGGGUCUUCGACGUGCCGGCAACCUUCUUCACGGCAACUUAUGUCAAUGACAUUCUUUGCUUUCGCCUCCCAGAUAUUGCAUCCGCAUAUCUGCGUGGUUGGUUCCUCUUCGACAUGUUCAUGCUCGUGCCCGACCUCAUCGUCCUAUUGGCCCCUGAGAUGGCAGACGGCCCCGCAGGUGUCUUUCGCAUGGCGCGUGCGCGGCGAGUGCUGCGGCUCUUUCGCUUUGUGCAAAUUGUGAGAUUGUGGAAGACGCUUCAAAGCUGGUUGUCGACUUUUGAGACUCGCUUGACCUUCUUGAGAACUCAAUUUGGAUCGGUUGCGCGGCCUGUUUUCUUCAUGGGCCUUCUGAUGGGAGUUGCAGUGCACGUGCUGGGAAGCUUGUGGUUUGCCGCUGGCGACACCCCGAGUGGCUGGGUUCUUGAAGAAGGUCUACAUGAACUACCCAUCACCAGGCAGUACACCAGGAGCUUGGAAUGGGCUUUGUCGAAACUGCCUCCCUCCUCCUUGCGCCUCACCGUGGAGCUCAACACGCCCUUGGAACGCUGGCUGGGCGUUUGUGCUACAUGCCUUGCAUUGGUCUCGGGCUCUGUGUUUGUGAGCUUCAUCACCAACACCAUGGCGAAUGUGGCACGAGAAAGGACGCGCGUGACCAAGAUGAUUGAGUCGGUCCGGAAGUACUGUGCGAUCCACAAUAUCUCGUACAGCUACACCAUGCAGAUGAAGCGCUACGUUCAACAAGAGCAUCGGCGCAAUGAGAUGCAGGGGCACAUGCCUUUUCUGCAAAACCUUCCAGAGGGAAUGAUUCGAGAGCUCUUCCAGGAAGCUCGCAGCCCGAUCCUGCAUCGACAUGCGUUUUUCAGAGAGAUCGGGAAGUCUGAUCCAUCCAUGGAGUUGAACUUAUGCAGUCAGGCUGUCUUUGAGCUUUAUCACUUGCCUGGUGACAUCAUCUUCGACACCACCACCAAGACUUUGGGGAUGUACUUCAUCGCCGCCGGCUUCAGUGUCUACUUCCACUGGUCAGAUUCCGACCAAGUUCUCCAGGUGAAGUCCAACCACAGGAUUGCCGGAGGCCUCCGGGCAACAAGUGCAGCCGCUAGUAGUAGCAAGGACUCUGAUUCUGCCAUCUCGCAAACCAUGCUGGAAGUCGGAGAGUACGUCGCGGAACCCGCUGUGUGGGUGAACACUUGGCGCCAUCAGGGAAAACUGCAGGCAGUGGUGCAGGCGAGGUCCCUCCUUGUCUCUACAGAGGACCUUUUCAAAGUACUUCAAGGCUAUGCCAAUGCCCUGGCCACGACAGUGGUCUAUGCGCGCUGUUUCGUGAAGGAGUUGAACAGACGAGCUCAUUUGAGUGGACAAGUGACGGAUCUUCCACUGGCCUUCAUGAAGCCUGGAGUUAUUGAGUUGUCCCCUCCCAGUGACCCUCCAAAAAGGGACCCGCCGUUGAGUGGGCCCGGCCCUGUUUGGAAACGAAAACGGACCCGCACCGGCGGCAACGGAGAACCUGGUCUGAGUUUUCGGUGA